CUUAAUUAUUUGAUCUUUGAUUACAUUGAAUUGGUAUUUACUCUUUUAUCUAUAAGCAUAUUCAAUAAGUAAGGACCGAUUACUUAGUUAAUCCUGUUAAUGACGAUAAAAAAUGACGAAGAGAGAGAGGGAGCAAAGAAUUCUUAAUCAACUUCUAUAUAUAUAAUCAUUAUAUCAUCAUAUUAGAAUGGUAAUAUUAACCAUUAACCAUGAAGCCAUUAUGUAUAUUAUGUUUACUUAUUUCAUUAAUAUUCUAUGUGAAUAGUAGAAUGGAAGAUUCUAUACAUCAACUACAACUUCAAAAGCAUCGUAAAAGAGGAAGUCAACCGAAUAUUUUUCAGUGCAUUACUUGUAAAAGUGGUACGGGAAAAGUUUUAAAUAUGAUUUUAAGUCCAUCAACUAACGAGUCGAUCAGUAAAACAAUUGAAACACUUUGUAUGGAAACAGGUCCAUUUAGUACUUCCUGUAGAAUGUUUGCAAGUGAACUUUCAUCACAAGUCUUCUAUCUUUUCCGUCAUAUAGUACCACAAAAGUGGUGUGCUUUCCUCGGUUUCUGCUAUUACCCACCUAUUGUACCUGUUUGUAGAUGUUGUAUCAAUACUGGGAAACUGAUAAAAUCAAUGUUAUUGUCAAAACCUUUUCUAUCAGAGUUAUAUAAUAACACAUUAACUAUAUGUGAUAAAUUACCUAAAUUAUCUAUCGUAUUUUCUACAGGAUGAGGAAGCUAACCCUAUGUCCAACCCUUCUCUUUUAUUCGGGCUUGGGAAGGGCCACAGGCGGAGUUCUCACAUUGUACAUCCAAAUGAUAAUUAUCGUUUUUAGAUAAAAUGAUUUUCCAUUGUAUUAUAAUUAUUCAAUUAAAUUUAUUGUGUUAUUUUAUUUUAGUGCAAUUCACUUCUACAUGAUAUUUUCAUGGCUAUAACCUUAAGCUUCAAGGAACAAUUUAUAGUUUAUCGACUCUGUAAGAAUGCUGGAUUUUGCCGAAAAAUUUCAAAACUUCUGUAUGAAUAUUAGUUGCUAUACAACAAACACUUAUGUUUCAUGAUGCUGAUGAAUUUAUUCGUACAAAUUAAGUAUACUAUUAGAAUGUUCAAAUUCUUUGGUUUAUUAUUAGAAGGGGGAGAUUUUGUGGAGAUUUUAGCAAUUUUAUAUAGUUGAAAUAGUGAGUCACUUGGAGUGGAUGAGCACUGCUGAGGAAUCCUACAAUAGGAUGAAACGGCCGUCCAGU